UCAUUGCUUUGAAACAGGUUUUAAAGGCGAAUAUUCUCUGUAGCAAAACAGUAGGUAGUGUAAGUUACCUAUCGUAGUCGGCAGAAGAAGUCAAAUGACUUGAUCAGUUCGGUUCAGUGUAGCAUCUCAUAUUUCACGUGAUUUGUGAUUAAACAGGAGUAAUCAGUUAAUCAGGUUCUAAUAAUUAUUCAACGUGUAUAGGCUAAUGUUUUCGUCGUCGAGCACUAUGCUUUAAGGAAACUUCACUUGAUGCAGUAACAUUUCACUUACGGUAUCUACUACAUUUAAAUGAAGAUGGCUCAUACAAGGAACAGUGUAUUUAUCUAUGCAAUUCUGAUCAUCUCACUUCCAUUUUUAGUUGAUUGUGGAGGAAACGCAAGAUCAUCUCCAAUCAAUGGUUCUAUUUUGAAAUUGGAAAGUGGUAGCAGAGACAAAAACUAUGAUAAAAUGAUCAGUCCAGUUGGAUCUUCCAUCAUGAGCUCUGCUUCAACAAUCGCAACAUUCAGUGGUGAAAAUGGAAGUUUAACAACUGCUGAUCCUACAGAGUGGUUUGGGGGUCUGAGAAAAGAACCCUCUGCUUUGAGUGAUGUUGAUUCCAAAUCUGAAGCAUCAACAUCAACGAGUUCUUCCUUUGAAGCUUUCAAAGAAUUUGCAAGGAAAACUUCAGCUGACGGUGAAGGGGUAUCUUGCACAUGUGUGCCCUACUAUCUAUGCGAUACCAAUGCAGCUAUCCUCGAUCCUCAACAAUAUCAAAAUGACAAUCCAAAAGUAAGGCUGGAGAUGAAAAACUGCAGCAAUAUGAGUCCGAUUGAUGUCUGUUGUUUAAAAGGAGAUCUUAUGAUUACAAAUUUGCAAAACAAAUCUGAAAAUUUUGGAAGUAGACCACCCACUCAUAAUAAUUCUGGCAAUAAUGGUCAUUCCACAACUGAGUUAUCAAUAAAAACCACUUCAUCAAUGAGCGGUAUUGAAACAACUCAUCUCAUCGACUCACUGCUGAGAAACUCAAAUCAAUCCGAAGUUGAGCUGUCUUGCAAAUGUGUUCCUUACUAUUUAUGUGAUUUAGACAAAUCUAUUCUCGACCCUGACAAAUUACGGAAUGAUAACAAUAAGACUCAAAACAUCAGGUUGGAAAUGAAAAAUUGCGGUAACAUGAGUGUAUUAGAUGUAUGUUGCUUGGGACUAACAGAACAAGAAAGGUUGGGAAGAGAAUCUAGACAAGUGAAUAUUGUUGGUAGUUCGACUAAAGAACCAGCGAGAGCACUGACAACUCAGUGGAAUUCUGAGUCGGAAAAUUCGACUGAUCUAGAAACAACGUCCAUUGACGACUUCGAUUUCUUGAUAGAAUCACUGAGAAAUUCCAGUCAACAAGAUGUUGUCCUAACAUGCACUUGCGUUCCAUACUAUCGCUGUGACCCAAACAAUAUAAUUGUUCCUCAGUUACGAAACGUAAAUGUGUUUCCAAAAAUAAGAGUAGAAAUGGAAAAUUGCAGCAGUCAAUCGUCCGAGGUGUGCUGCUGGAAAAAUGCCACCAUCAUUGUGGACAGCAAAACGUCAGGAGAACCAGCCGACCGUUGUGGAGUUAGGAAUGCAGGUGGUGUGGCCAAUCAGUCAUCUGCCGUCGAUUCCUUAGCUGAUUAUGGAGAGUUUCCAUGGGUUGCAGCCAUAUUGUUGAGGAUAGAUAAUCGAUACAGAUAUCACUGUGCUGGCUCUGUCAUUGACCGCAAUGUAAUUCUCACAUCGGCACAUUGCGUUGCAAAGUGAGUUCAUUUUUUAUUCAUUCAUUAUUUAUUGCUAAAUUUUUCAAGUCUACAGAUUGUUGUGUGUACUCAUACUGUUGUGUGUUAGUUGACCGAGCGAAGUGAGGUCCAAAAUUCAGGUCAACAGUUUUCCAUUUCUCUUUAUGUAUGUUUAUUAUGUUUGUUCUGCAUUUACACGGUGAAACGCGGCAAUAGAUUUUCAUGAAAUUUGAAAGGUACGGUAUGCUUCAUUUUUGGUUUUGCGUCGAAAUAAUAAUGUAAGGUAUAAUAAUUAUUAUAAUAAUUAUCAUACCUUGCAUUAUUAAUAAUAAUUUAAGGUUUUUUUUGAAAUAUUGAAUUUUAAGGGUAAUAUAAAAGGAAAAGGAAUUUCCUCAUAGUCAAAUAUUACUGUAAAAAUCAGACUAUAAAUUCAUGAUUUUAAUCAGCUGUCUUUAUAGCCCAGUCAAUGAAGGUCCAAAAAAGCAAUUUCGAUCCGAAAAUUAAAUAAAAGCUGAAUUUCCCACCAUCGAUAGAACCCUCCCAGAGGUUCAUUCUCCCAAAAGUCCCUGUUCUUGGACCAAAAGGAUCUGUGCUUGGACCUAUCCUCUACUUCUUCUUCAUCAACGACAUGCCAUCUCUACCUUCAGACCAAACAAGUCACCACAUUCCACUCGAGCAGCAUGAAUCUGAAUAGGGCGGCCAGGAAUGUUCAAGAGCAGUUAAACCUGCUUACAUCCUGGUGUUCAUCCUGGAAGGUAGAAAUUAAUCAAACUAAAUGUGAGGCUAUCGCCUUUUCUCGAAAACUUAAACUUCCUCCCACUCUCAAAAUCCAUGGCCACGCCCUGCCAUGGUCCCAUAUCUUCAAGCACCUAGGUGUAACUCUGGACAGAACACUCACUUUCAAAAACACAUUAACGUGAAAUACAACACUGUCGUGUGCUGUUUGUACAACUAUUCCCCCUUCUUGUCACCCCCUGAAAUUUCGGCUGCUCAUAUUCACAGCCAUCAUCAGGGCAUACCUGAUCUAUGCCGCCACAGUCUGGUUCCCAUAUCUAUCGAAGACCAAUAGAAAACGUCUAUUUGGCCUUCAAAACAGACUCAUCAGAACCAUCUGCAACUUUCACUACACUGUGAAUAACAGGUUACUCUAUGAAUAUGCCAGUACCCCUCAAUUACUCAACUUUCAUUCCGCUCACAUCUCGAAAGCAUGAUACAGCUUUUAUCUCGUGGCGUACAUCAAUAAGGCAGAUGUACGAAAUACCACGACCAGCUUAGACCCACAAGCCACUCCCAUUUCAACAAUGGUGGCCUGAUUGACAGUUAACAGUUGGACCGUGAAGGUGCCAACAGCUGAUUGACAGUCAGCCACUGUUCACAAUACUAAAUUCCCUAGGAGAGAACCCUUCUCCAUUACCACUUCUCCCAAAAAAGUAGACUUGGCAAAAAAAAAAAUAUAUAUAUAUAUACAUAUUUUUUUCACUUUCAAAAAUAUAUUUUGAAAAUGAAAUGAAAAUUGAAUUAUCAGAAAUUAUCAGAAUUAGAUUAUCAGAAAUUAUUGAAUUUGAAAAAGAAAAAA